AUCAGUCCAAAACCGCCCGGUCUGUUUCUUCAUUCUUCUCUUCUCUCUUCUUGGCCCUCACUGCUCUGUUUUCUUCUUCUGCCUCCGUGAUCGCCGAUCACUCCUUAUCUCUCAAGGCUUGAACAAUGAAGAGUGCAAAGGGGAAAGCAGCAUCAAGAAAAGAAACAAAAGCGGCAUUGAAGCCUGUUGUUGAUGACAGAAAGUCUGGGAAGAGAAAGGCUGCCCAGAAGGCCGACAAGGGAAAAGCUAAGAAGGAGAAGAAGGCUAAGAAAGACCCUAACAAGCCCAAGAGGCCACCAAGUGCUUUCUUUGUAUUCCUUGAGGAGUUCCGGAAGACAUUUAAAAAAGAAAACCCCAAUGUGAAGGCUGUAUCAGCUGUCGGGAAAGCUGGGGGAGAGAAGUGGAAAUCAUUGACUGCAGCUGAAAAAGCUCCUUACGAAGCAAAGGCUGCUGCAAGGAAGGUUGAUUAUGAAAAGCUAAUGAAUGCCUAUAACAAGAAGCAGGAAAGCUCAGCUGAUGAAGAAUCGGAAAAGUCAAACUCUGAAGUGCAUGAUGAGGACGAGGAAAGUGGGCAGGGGGAAGAAGAUGAUGAGGAAGAAGAGGAUGACGAUGAAGAUGAUGACUAAAGUUAUUUGGGAUCCAUGUUAUAUAUCCAUGGCUGCUGGAUGCUGAACGUUUAUAUUAUAGGUCGACUGUAACAUACGGAGUAUAUCUUGUGUAUGCUUACCAUUCUAGGUGACAUUGCAGGAUCAUAAAAUUAUCACAUAGGGCAAGAUAUGACUCCUAUCUACAUAGAUCUGGAUGAAUUUCUGUAUAUCCAUUUGCACCUAUAUUAUGAACUUAUGGUAUUUUGUAUCCUUUUGAUCUUUAGAUUAUCACUGCAGUUCUAAUUAUCAA